CUUUUUAUGGGCGCCAAGCAAACGCUAACUGAGGGUGUGGUCUUAGGCUUAGGCUCUAUAAAGAGAAUUGGCACUUGGCCAACCAUCACAAGUAAGUUGCUCUUCCCGGCAAACAGACAAACUAUGCCGGCACAAAUUACCCUAAAGGUGAGUCGAGGGAGCAGUGAACCACAAGAAAGUAAUCCAUUUCGCCUUUUCCAGCUUCUCCUGCUCCUCUUGAUUUCGAAAUGGGCUCUUGGGCAGUCCGAUUGCUCCGACUGCUCCUCGACAAAUGGACAAUAUGCUUGUGUCAAUGAGACUGCCUAUGGGUUUUGCUUUGAUCAAGGCACCGUGGACGAAGAUGCGGUCCAAAACUGCCGCGAUGGGUACUACUGCGUCCUCGAGGGAUUCUGUGCACCAAUGGCCUCAGCGGAACCGGCUUGUAUCACAGUCACUUCUACGUCAACAACGGAUAUUGUAACAGAUUCGAGUACCCUAGAAACAACAGAAUCAACAGUAACCACUACAGCUGAAACCAGCGAUUCUACAAUGACAGAAACCACAACAUCCUCGUUCACCACAGAUUCAACCACUUCUGAAUUUUCUACAGAUUCGAGUACCGAUUCGACUACAUCUGAGAUGACUACUGAAUCUAUUACAGAUUCUACUACAUCUGAGCUUACUACCGAAUCCACUUCAGAUUCUACUACUUCUGAAACUACUACCGAAUCGAGUACAGAUUCAACUACAUCUGAACUUACUACUGAUUCGAGUACGGAUUCAACUACUACUACUGCUGAAACAACUAGUGAUUCCAGUACCGAUUCAUCCACAUCCGAAUUGACUACCGAAUCGAGUACAGAUUCCACUACAUCCGAGCUUACCACAGAUUCAAGUACAGAUUCAACAACAUCUGCCACUAGCACGGAUUCGAGCACUCAAACUACAGUACCUUCGGAAAUAGAUCCCAACGCCUAUUGUGCAAAGUUGAAGUCCAAAGGAUACUUUCGAGUUGAGAAUGAUACAACGUGCCAGAUGUAUGUCUACUGCUACAAAUUGAGUCUGGAUUAUCUGGGUUGGCUUUAUUAUUGCAACACCAACGAAUACUACAACUCAGAUACAGAGGCCUGUCAAUCCACACGACCGAGCAAUUGCUAAGUUAUAACAAUUACAGGAAACCCAUGUUUACUUCUUUCCAUUAUCCAUAAA